AUGUUGUCAGCUACUACGCGUAUCGUAUUCACAAGUAAGCGAUUUGUUUACCCCUGUGUGAUGCGACGAUCUCUGGCGCAAGCGGUCUCUGAUCGUCCACAGUUUGAUCCCAUCAUCGCUCGAAAAUCAUUCAAGAAGACUCAUGAUCAUUCGACGAUGUUUAAGAUUGAGAAGUACUUCUCGGCUGCCAUGCUUCCACUUCUUCCAGCUGCUUACUUUGUUCAUGGACCUGCCAUGGAUACCGCUUUAGCAAUUGCAAUCACGUUGCAUGUCCACUGGGGUCUUCAUGGUGUAUUGAGUGAUUACGGUCGUGCAUAUGUGCUUGGGCCGACAGCAGCAAAAAUUGUUCAAGGACCAGUCUCUUACAUACUUAGCAUUUGUUUGCUAGCUGGUUUGCUGCACUUUAAUUCCAACGAUGUUGGAAUAACAAAAGCAUUCGAAAUGGUUUGGUCUUUGUAA